GGAUCCUGCGCAUGCGCACCGCUGGCAGCCCCGGCGGGGUCCUCUGACGGGGGCGGCCAUGUUGGGCCGGGGGGCGGCGGGGGGCUGUGGCCUCCUGGUGCGGGCGGCGAGCCGGGCCCUGAGCCUCAGCCACAGCCGGGGGACGGUGGUGGUGGAGCGAUGGUGGCAGGUCCCGCUCAGCAAAGAGGGGAAGCAGCCCCGCCUGCACCCCCGGAGGCACCGUGUCUACAGGCUGCUGGAGGACACCAAGCACCUGCCCAAGGGGGAUCUGGAGCUGAUCCUCACCCAGUCGGUGGAGGAUUUGGGGAGCCGGGGAGAUGUGGUCAGAGUGAAGAAAAGCGUGGGUCGUAACAAGCUCCUGCCCCAGGGGCUGGCUGUCUACGCGUCGCCGGAGAACAAAAAGAUGUUUGAGGAGGAGAAGAAGCUGCGCCAAGAGGGGAAGCUGGAGGCGCUCCAAACCCAGAGCGGGGAGAAGACCAUCAGGUUCCUCAAGAGCUGCCGCCUCGAGGUGGGCAUGAAAAACAACGUCAAGUGGGAGCUGAACAACGAAAUCGUCGCUCGCCACUUCCUCAAGAACCUGCGGGUUUUCGUGCCCCCCCACGCGCUGAAGCUGCCGGAGGAGCCCAUCACCAGGUGGGGCGAGUACUGGUGCGACGUGACGGUGAACGGGCUGGAGACCGUCCGGGUGCCCAUGGACGUGGUGAAGUUCCUGCGGCCCAAGACCAAGCGCUACAAGCACUGGCUGGCCCAGCAGCAGGCCCAGCUGGCGGCGCAGAGGGAAGCGCUUCUCUGAGCCUGGGGGGGCCCCGCCAGCCCCCCCAAACCCCCGACACCACCCCCGGGACCCCUGACUUUCCCCCCAGGGUGCCCACCCUCCCCCAUAGACUCCUGAUGCCCCCCCCGGGACCCCCAGCCUCCCUCUAGGGUCUUGGUGUGUCCCCAGUGCAGGUUUGGCACUGGGGGAAUGGGGGGGGGGGUCGUCACUGGAAUGGAUUUGGGGGGGUUCCUGCAUCCCACCCCCCCUCCCUGCCAGCAAAUAAAGGGCUUGGGGCA